AAGCGCGUCGUCAGUUUUGAUAAAGACUUGCACAACGUUGGAUGUUAUUUUUCAAAAUGUUGCGUUAGUUAUUUAGUGGAUUGGUGAUUUCUCAUGUGAAAUGAUGUAUUUUCAUCCCAGGAUAACCGUGUUAAGUUCAUCCAAGCAGUUGUUUUCUUGCCCAUUAAGACUGAAGAGUUCCUUCAAGCAUAUUGAUAAGCUACUUAUAGCAAAUAGAGGUGAAAUAGCCUGCAGAAUAAUACGAACAGCAAAGCGGUUGGGAAUUCGAACAGUUGCAGUUUACAGUGAAGCUGAUAAAAAUUCUUUGCAUGUGGCAUUGGCGAGUGAAGCCUAUGAAAUCGGUCCUCCACCGGCUUCUCAGAGCUACUUGAAAGGCCAAAAGCUGCUCGAUGUGGCCAGAAAGGCGAAUUGCCAAGCCAUUCAUCCAGGAUAUGGAUUUCUGUCGGAAAACGUUGAAUUUGCCGAAGCUUGCCAUAAGGAAAACGUUAUCUUCAUUGGGCCUCCGGCCAAAGCAAUUCGCGAUAUGGGCAUUAAAAGCACUUCCAAGCACAUAAUGUCCAAAGCCGGGGUUCCCAUCAUUGAAGGGUAUCAUGGAGAAGACCAAAUUGUUGGAAGCCUCAAACGCCAGGCGCAAAGAAUCGGAUUUCCUGUAAUGAUUAAAGCAGUCAGAGGAGGAGGAGGCAAAGGAAUGAGAGUCGCUAAUACAGAAGAAGACUUUGAGGAGGCACUAGAAUCGGCCAGAACAGAAUCCCAAAAGGCUUUCGCCGACUCAGUGGUGUUGCUGGAAAAGUUCGUAGCUGAACCGCGGCAUGUUGAGGUGCAAGUAUUUGCAGACACCCAUGGAAAUGCGGUUUAUUUAUACGAAAGAGACUGCUCAGUCCAAAGGAGGCAUCAGAAAAUUAUCGAAGAAGCUCCUGCACCUGGAUUAACUGGGGAUUUAAGAAAGGAGUUGGGGACAGCAGCAGUUCGAGCUGCAAAAGCCGUGGGGUACGUUGGAGCGGGGACCGUGGAGUUUAUUUUGGAUAGAACAUCUUUGAAUUUUCACUUUAUGGAGAUGAAUACCAGGCUUCAAGUGGAGCAUCCGAUAACGGAAAUGAUUACCGGUACCGAUUUAGUCGAGUGGCAAAUUAAAAUAGCUUCCGGYGAAGAAUUGCCACURAAACAGGAAGAUAUUCCUUUGAAAGGACACUCAUUUGAGGCCCGAAUAUACGCUGAAGAUCCGCGAGCAGGAUUUUUACCUGGAGCUGGCCGGUUAGAAUAUCUAAACAGUCCACCAGCUGCUGAAGAUGUGCGAGUAGAAACAGGCGUAAGGCAGGGGGAUGAAGUUUCGGUCUACUAUGACCCAAUGAUAGCCAAGUUAGUUGUCUGGGGCCAAGAUAGGAGGGAAGCUUUGAACAAAUUAAACGCCAAACUACUCGAUUACAAUAUAGCCGGCAUGGAGACCAACGUGAAUUUCCUCCUUAAACUGGCCAAUCAUCCAGAGUUCCAAGCCGGCAACGUUCACACCAACUUUAUCAAAGACCAGUCCGACUCACUGUUCGAAGAAGAUGCUCUUGCAAAUGAAGAUCUGAUUCAAGCCGCCUUAUCUAUGGUGAUAUUGGAUCGGAACUCUGAAGAAGAUAAAGCUAGGAAGCUCAACGACGCUUAUAACCCUUUUGUGGUGGAGCCGAAUUUUAGAGUCAAUUAUGAACAUUUGAGAAAUAUCAAGCUGCGGUUCAGAGAUCAAGACCAUACUGUAAAGGUGAAAUUUCCAAAUUCAAGAUCCUAUGAGGUUUCAUGUGAUAACGGAGCUACAUGGUGCAAAGCUGAGGCCUCCUUGAAGAAAAUUGGGAACAAAACCCUUAUAAAUUGUUCAAUAAAUGGCCACAAAACGACGGCGAAUGUGUUCAGAAGCAAUGAAAUACUGGCGGUAUUUUCUGAGAAAGGUAAAGUUCAGUACGAGCUUUCAACUCCUUCAUACCAUUUGGACGAAGAUUCUGGCUCUUCCCUGGGAAGCGCGCAGAAAGCUGUCUCUCCUAUGCCAGGAGUUCUGGAUAAAGUCUUGGUAAACGUUGGAGAUGUGGUGAAAAAGGGCGACUCCCUCUUCGUGCUGAUAGCAAUGAAGAUGGAGCAUAUUGUGAAAGCAACAGGAGACGCUAAAGUUGCAAGCAUCCACUUUAAGGUUGGCCAAAGUGUUUUAAAGGAUGCCACGGUUGUAAAGUUCGAAGAUCCAGAAGAAUCCACUUCCUAAUAUUUGCCUCAGAGCGAAAACAUAUACCAUAACAUGUC